UCAAGCGCUGCGUGUUUACAUCACUUUGAUUUUCACACAGUGUUGUCUGUGUGUAUUUUUGUGUUUAGUUGAUCAUCAUGACGUCACAGACUGACGGGAUGUGCUCCAGACACACACAGGACUCAGAGCUCAGCCUCACUUUACUCUGUUAUACUGACACAAACCCCACAGACGCUCAGGACACUGUGUGUGACAGUAAUCACACCUUGAAUCAGGAUGAAUCUACUGAUCAAACCUCCACAGAGUCUCUGGAUUCUGUCUGUAACGCUGGAGAACAGCAGAUCCUGAACAACAUACCACUGAACAUGUGUUCUGUCACACUGAUUGGGACUGAUGGGAAAGUGAUGGAGAUAAAAACAGAACCCACAUCAGAGGAAGAAGAGACUGAAGAUGAUGAGGAUGACAACGAGGAGGAUGAGGAUAUUUCAGAUUCAGAUGAGAGCAGUGAUUCAUGUUCUGAUGGAGAAACAGCCUCUACAUCAGAAGAGCACGGGGCGAAGAGGCACCAAUUUCACAUGAGCGGUGAAAAGUCUUUCCACUGCAGGGAAUGUGACAAAUAUUUCAGCACCAAACACUAUCUUCUUUCUCAUCAGAGAAUUCACACGGGGAGAAAACCAUACCAGUGUCCUCACUGUGACAUGAGGUUCGACCAAAAAAGCAGUGUUCAGCAACAUGUGCAUGUCCACAGCUGUGAGAGACCGUAUCAGUGCAGUGAAUGUGGAAAAACCUUUAAGCAGACAUGUUCUUUACAAAGACACCAAAUAUCACACUCUGUGGAGAAACUCUAUCAGUGUUCACACUGUGAUAAACGCUUCCAUCAUAAGUCUAAUCUGAUGCUCCAUGAGAGAAUUCACACUGGAGAGAAACCUUAUCUCUGCUCUCACUGUGGAAAGAGCUUUACUCAUUCAAGUGUCUUCAUAGAACAUCUGAGAGUUCAUACAGGAGAAAAACCUUAUCACUGCAAUGUUUGUGGGAAGAGUUUCAGUCGGGCAGGUACUUUUAAACAUCAUCGGAGGGUUCACACUGGAGAAAAACCUUAUCCCUGUAUUGUUUGUGGGAAGAGUUUCAGUCGACGUGAUAAUUUAAAGACACACCAGAGACUUCAUACUGGAGAAAAACCUUACAAAUGCUGUAAGUGUGACGAGGCGUUUACUCAGAAUGUUCUCCUGAAACUCCAUCAGAAAGUUCACACUGGAGAGAAACCAGGAAAAACACGACCUGUGAAGAAGACAUUGAGACGGGCACAGAAAAGCAACAGCCAAACAUCAGAACAGAACCCUAUGACGUCACAGAUGUGCUGUAAAUCAGUGGGAACUGAUCUGUCCAUGCUGGAUAUUGAUGAUUUCAUCACAGAAAUCUGUCAGCUGAAGAAAGAGGUGAAGUUACUGGAGGAAAAGCUGAGGACAAGAGGAGAUGAACUCAACACAGAGAAGUCCAGACACACACAGGACUCAGAGCUCAGCCUCACUUUACUCUGUUAUACUGACACAAACCCCACAGACGCUCAGGACACUGUGUGUGACAGUAAUCACACCUUGAAUCAGGAUGAAUCUACUGAUCAAACCUCCACAGAGUCUCUGGAUUCUGUCUGUAACGCUGGAGAACAGCAGAUCAUGAACACCAUACCACUGAACAUGUGUUCUGUCAGAUUGAUGGAAAUAAAAACAGAACCCACGUCAGAGGAAGAUCAGACUGAUGAAGAUGAGAAUGAUGACGAUAAUGAUAAUGAUUUUAUACCUUCAGAUGAGAGCGGUGAUUCAUGUGGUGAUGGAGAAACGGCCUCUACAUCAAAACAGCGACUGACAGCACAAACUCUUUCCUGCAUCACCUGUGGAAAGACAUUCAGUUCACAGAGACGUUUAGAGACACAUGAGAGAAAACACACAAAACAGAAACUCUUCACCUGCACCAGAUGUGACAUCAGCUUUCCUACCUUACAAGAGAAGAAACUUCAUUCACAAGAGCACAGAGACAAGAAACACUUUCACUGUCAGCAGUGUGGAAAGAAUUUUCUCUACCCUUCCAGUCUGAAAGAACACAUUAGGACACACAGUGGUGAAAAACCUUUCCACUGCAGUGAAUGUGACAAAUAUUUCAGCACCAAAGGAAGUCUUGUUACUCAUCAGAGAAUUCACACGGGAGAUAAAACGCACAAGUGUCCUCACUGUGACAAGAGAUUCAGCCACAAACCUCAUAUGAAGAGACACAUGCUUUUACACACCAACGAGAGACCAUAUCUUUGCAGUGAAUGUGGAAAAGGCUUUAGGGAUUCCGGUUGUUUAAGGUUACACCAAAGAACACACUCUGAUGAGAAACUCUUUCAGUGUUCAUACUGUAAUAAAGGCUUCCGUCAGAAACCUCAUCUGGUACGUCAUGAGAGAAUUCACACUGGAGAGAAACCUUAUCUCUGCUCUCACUGUGGAAAGAGCUUUACUGAUUCAAGUACUUUCAAAGAUCAUCUGAGAGUUCACACUGGAGAAAAACCUUAUCACUGCAGUGUUUGUGGAAAGAGAUUCAGUCGAAGUCACCAUUUAGUGACACAUCAGAGAAUUCAUACAGGAGAAAGACCUUACAAAUGUUCUCAGUGUGACAAAGCAUUUACUGAUAGAUUUUUCCUACGAACCCAUGAGAGAGUUCAUACUGAAGACAAUCCUAACACUGCUCCAUCUGCGGCGAAAAGAAACAUGCUGAAGAACAAACUAUUGAUGGAAAUAAAAACAGAACCCACGUCAGAGGAAGAUCAGACUGAUGAAGAUGAGAAUGAUGACGAUAAUGAUAAUGAUUUUAUACCUUCAGAUGAGAGCGGUGAUUCAUGUGGUGAUGAAGAAACGGCCUCUACAUCAAAACAGCGACUGACAGCACAAACUCUUUCCUGCAUCACCUGUGGAAAGACAUUCAGUUCACAGAGACGUUUAGAGACACAUGAGAGAAAACACACAGAACAGAAACUCUUCACCUGCACCAGAUGUGACAUCAGCUUUCCUACCUUACAAGAGAAGAAACUUCAUUCACAAGAGCACAGAGACAAGAAACACUUUCACUGUCACGAGUGCGGAAAGAAUUUUCUCUACCCUUCCAGUCUGAAAGAACACAUUAGGACACACAGUGGUGAAAAACCUUUCCACUGCAGUGAAUGUGACAAAUAUUUCAGCACCAAAGGAAGUCUUGUUACUCAUCAGAGAAUUCACACGGGAGAUAAAACGCACAAGUGUCCUCACUGUGACAAGAGAUUCAGCCACAAACCUCAUAUGAAGAGACACAUGCUUUUACACACCAACGAGAGACCAUAUCUUUGCAGUGAAUGUGGAAAAGGCUUUAGGGAUUCCGGUUGUUUAAGGUUACACCAAAGAACACACUCUGAUGAGAAACUCUUUCAGUGUUCAUACUGUAAUAAAGGCUUCCGUCAGAAACCUCAUCUGGUACGUCAUGAGAGAAUUCACACUGGAGAGAAACCUUAUCUCUGCUCUCACUGUGGAAAGAGCUUUACUGAUUCAAGUACUUUCAAAGAUCAUCUGAGAGUUCACACUGGAGAAAAACCUUAUCACUGCAGUGUUUGUGGAAAGAGAUUCAGUCGAAGUCACCAUUUAGUGACACAUCAGAGAAUUCAUACAGGAGAAAGACCUUACAAAUGUUCUCAGUGUGACAAAGCAUUUACUGAUAGAUUUUUCCUACGAACCCAUGAGAGAGUUCAUACUGAAGACAAUCCUAACACUGCUCCAUCUGCGGCGAAAAGAAACAUGCUGAAGAACAAACUGCACUGAAAUUAUAGAAUCUCUACAAGGCUCAGUCUCAUCCAGUCACUGAACUCGUUGUUCUUACUGUCACUAGCAGGCUCUGUUGUGUUGUCUUAGUUUUUUAUAUUAAAUGUAUAAUAACAGAAUGGAAGUAACAACUUUAAAAUACAAUUAAACAUCUUUAGCAGACGUCUUUCAGACAUACCAUCUGUCUUAAGGCAAAGUCUGGAGGCAAAAUGUUCAAUAUAAAAUCUUAAGUGUCAUUGGAUAGAACUGUCUGGCUAAUUGAAUGGAUUUGAA